UGUCUGAGAAUCUGGUAGGCUCUCGUCCUUUUUUCCUGGUCAGCAUUCAGCUAUACUGCUGUACGAAGUAGGUUCCGGGUAGUCUGAGCAAGAGGUACGGAUACAUAAUCGCAGUUUCCAGCCCUGCCCACUCGCUCAAUCUGCUACGGGAUAAUUACAAGGGUGAGCUCUCGUGCCUGUCCGCAAAAAGAUGGGGGCCGCAACUGCCACGCAGGAGCCCGCCGUUGAUGCGUUGGUUCCCGAGAAAGCAUCGGGCCCGCUCAAAGUGCCAUUGGCUUUUCCGACACCCGGGAGCCGUCCCAAGGAGCGGCCAGCAUUGACCGCGGACCAGCGACAAAAGUACGACUGGCUGCUUGAACGGGUGAAAGCGUGGCCCGAGGUCCCUUCGACGAAAGGAAAAGCUGGGCCGCUCACCGACAGUGAGAAAUUCUGGUUAACAAGAGAAUGUCUGCUGCGAUACCUGCGAGCGACCAAGUGGCACGAAAAAGAUGCCGAGAAGCGCUUGCUCGAGACGCUUGCGUGGCGGCGGGAAUAUGGCGUCGAGGAGCUGACGGCGGAUCACAUCUCUCCCGAGAACGAGACGGGCAAGCAGAUCAUCCUCGGCUACGACAAGGAGGCCCGUGUGUGCCACUACCUCAAUCCCGGGCGCCAGAACACGGAGCCCUCUCCUCGCCAGGUGCAACACCUGGUCUACAUGGUCGAGCGAGUCCUCGACAUCAUGCCGCCGGGACAGGAGACGCUAGCGCUGCUCAUCAACUUCAAGCAGAGCAAGAACCGAUCCAACACGGCACCGGGCAUCGGUCAAGCCAGGGAGGUCCUGCACAUUCUUCAGCAUCACUACCCGGAGCGCCUCGGAAGGGCCCUCAUCAUCAAUAUGCCCUGGAUCGUCACGGGCUUCUUCAGGCUGAUUACGCCCUUCAUCGACCCCAACACACGCGAGAAGCUCAAGUUCAACGAAGACAUGAACCAGUAUGUGCCAAGCGAGCAAAUGUGGACCGAGUUCAGCAAUGGCAAGCUUGAGUUCGAAUACGACCACUCGGUGUAUUGGCCAGCCCUGCACAAGCUGUGCAGCGAGAGGCGGGAAGCCCGGUGGCAGCGAUGGGUCGCUGGCGGGAAGCAGCUUGGGGAAUCCGAAGACUAUCUCGCUGGUUCUGCCGCGACUGGCGUUGCAGGGGCGCAAGUUGCUGAGAUGGAGGAGAAGGAGAAGGAGAAGGAGGAGAAGCCGGACGCGGUAGAGCCAAGUCCCGCUCCUGUUGCUGAACCAGAGCCUGUUGGAGCAGAGGAAACGGUUGCUCAAGCCGCUGCUGAGGAAAAGACAGCCGACCCCAAGGUCGAGGCGACGCCGGCAACCACAAAGGGUGCCGCUUCACAAUGAAUGUCUUGGCACAUGGGUGCGGCAACACAGGCAACGCUUUUUGCAUUACACAAUUGGAUUGUUUUCAUUCAGAGGUCCGCAUGUUUAGAGCCGCGUCCCUACCUAGAAAAUACCCCUUGGUAAUACACCAUCUGAUGGAGGUUGAUGACCUUCUGACGCUCCACCUCAUCAGAGUUGAAAGUCGUCUCGGCAGCCACUUGGCUGAAAGGGGCUCGAGGCUGAAAGCGGUUCGAAUGAGCGACAAUAAUUAGUCAUACCAAUAAUGUCCAUCUCUAUUGUAACUCCGUGACCAUCUAUUGAUGAG